AUGGCCCUUGACUCGAACAACGAUCGCAAAAUCGAGCUGCGCGUGGCCCAGCAGAAGGCGUAUGUCUGGGACGUGGAGGACAUCGCCACGCUCCGCGCAAAACACCAUGUUUGUGGUAUUUUAACGGGGACGCUGCCUCAUCUGUCUCAGCAGAACGUGUUCCUCGGGAUUCCCCUCGUCUUGCUUCCAGAGGAAGUAGUCCUCCUUGUGGAGAAACACCUCGCUGUCCUCGUCGACGAUCUGCACGCGCAUUCUCCGCCAUCCGCAGACGCUCUUGCAGCCUGGAACUCCGAGCGCGAGACCUCCGCACGCAUCCAGAUAGCCAACGCGGAAGCAGAGCGGUUCUCAGACAAAGCCAGCAAGUUCUCAAUGUCUGAAGAAGCCAUCCGGAAACGCACGGAGCGUGAGGCCAAGCGCGCCGCCGCCGCCAUCGCGAAAGCACUGGCUGAAGGGCUGCCCGUGGACGACAUCCCUCUGUCCGCGGCUGCAGCUUCCAUCGUCACUCCAGAUGAGCGGCCCGCGACCCCUGGCAAACCCCCGCUGGCUUUCAACGUCACGAUCCCAGCGAGCUCGUCCGAGCUCGCGUGGUACGCCCCCGCGACAAGCUCGUACACGACCCUGGACGCGGCGCGCGAAGCGGGGGUGUGGACCUACCCCGCGACGUCGUUCGAGCGCGCCAAGUGCGCCGUCUUCCGGGACCUCUGGGAGCAGGGCCACUUCAUGGGCGGGGGCAUCAAGUUCGGAGGCGACUUUCUCGUCUACCCUGGGGACCCGCUCAGGUACCAUUCGCACUUCGUCGCCUCCGUGGUCGAAUCGCCGAAAGCGCCGCUCAUGCCGAUGGAGAUCGUCGCGCACGGACGGUUGGGCACGGCGACGAAGAAAUCACAUUUGUUCUGUGAGUGGGAUGAGGAGAGACAGACGGUCACGUACUACUCAGUGGAGUGGGCAGGGUUUGGUUGA